UGCUCGUAGUACGUGUUGUUAUAUUGGCUAAAAAUGGGUCAUCUGUGACCGGACCCGAACCUGACGUCAACACGCCCAUUUCAAACUUCAUGUAGAAGACUCAGCUGGGUUCAAUUCCUCCUCACGUAGCAGCUCUCCAAUCCCAAAUUUCAUACACCGCCUACGCCCGUUCUUUUUCAUCCCCAAUUCACUUACAAAUCCAUUUUCUGAAAACCCUAACAGCAAGUCUCUUCGUGAGUUGAAUUUCAGUUUUUGUUUAGCUGAAGGGUAUACACUGUAACUCAUAAACGAAGUUGUUUGUGGAUAAUCUGACUACAUUGCUUACUCAGAUAGCUUACCUGCAUUUGGGGUUGUCUAUAAAUUGUAUACUUGGUUGAGGGCUUACAAUGUCGGAGGACUUGAUACUCCAAUUUUCCUCCAACUCUUCGAACCAAUCAGACAAUUCUAAAAUGGCCAAGCUGGAGGCACGAAUGGUGCGCAAGGCAGCUUCUUCCCCUCAACCCAUCUCAUGGUCUGCUACUGCUAAGUUUGGAGAUGCAGAGAGCCUGCCAGAGACUGUGGUGUCAAGUGAUUCUGAUGAUGAUGACGAUAAUGGAGGGGAAUUUCUCAUACAAGCAAAUACUUUGAAGCGUCGCAAGCCUGAAGAAGAUACAAGCCCAAUUGCCUAUGAAAAUGUUGAGGCAGUGGCAGAUAUGGGUAAGAAGAGUAUAGAUAUUACAGAUGCCGGAAAAGUAGGUACAGAAGGAAACCGUAAAAGACAAAAUCGUGGCAGGGGAAAUUCUACCACCGGUAGAGGACGUGGUCCCAGAAAUGGAGACCAAACAAAAAUGCAAACAGUUUCUGCCUCAAAUGGUCAACCUGAAAACUUAAAGCACAAGGAUGUUAGACCUAAAGAAUCAUGUGGGGUUGGUGAUCAGACUCUAGCAGAGGAUGGUAUUAAUUCUUUACGAGCUAUGGUAACAACUUUGGAGGAAGAACUAAGGAAAUCCCGUCAAGAGGCCACUGAUUAUCAAGACAAAUGUAAAGAAUUGGAGAAGGAGCUGAAGGCAGUUAAAGAUAUCGAUGGGCAGAUGAAGCCAAAGAGAAUGCAAAUAGUAACAGACUUGUUGAUAUCCUUUUCAAAAGCGGAGAGGAAAGAGGCACGAAUGAAAGUGAAUGAAGAUUCAGUGAGAUACGGUAAAGUGGGAGUGAUGAGAGCUGGAACAGUUAUAUCUGAGGCGUGGGAAGAUGGAAAAGUGCUCAAGGACCUCAAUGUGCAACUUAGAAACUUACUAGAGUUGAAAGAAGCGAUUGAACGUCAGCGAAAAUCAAUGAAAAAACGACAACCAGAUAAGAGUGACACUGUAGAUUCAGAAGCUGCUUCUCAAGAUCAAUAUCUUCUGUUUCAGGAUGAAAUAUUUAAGUCACGGUUAGCCAACAUCAAGCGGGAGGAAGAAACUAUAAUGCGUGAACGAGAUCGGUAUGAAUUGGAGAAAGGAAAGCUAAUGCGUGAAAUGAAGCGCAUACGUGAUGAGGAUGGUUCUCGUUUCAACAAUUUUCAGAUUUUGAACCAACGAUAUGCCUUACUAAACCUUCUUGGCAAAGGAGGAUUUAGUGAGGUUUAUAAGGCUUUUGACUUAAUCGAAUAUAGAUACGUUGCGUGUAAGCUACAUGGGCUAAAUGCUCAGUGGAGUGAAGAGAAGAAACAAAGCUAUAUACGACAUGCAAUCAGGGAAUACAACAUUCACAAAACAUUGGUGAACAAUCACAUUGUGCGUCUUUGGGACAUAUUUGAGAUAGACCAAAACACUUUUUGCACAGUCUUGGAGUACUGUAGUGGAAAAGACCUUGAUGCAGUUCUUAAGGCAACACCGGUUUUGUCUGAAAAAGAGGCUAGGAUUAUCAUAAUUCAGAUUUUCCAUGGCCUAGUCUACCUGAAUAAAAGACAACAGAAGAUAAUCCAUUAUGAUCUGAAGCCUGGGAAUGUUCUGUUUGAUGAGUUAGGCAUUGCCAAAAUGACUGAUUUUGGCCUUAGUAAGAUAGUAGAGGAUGAUGUUGGUUCACAGGGCAUGGAGCUAACAUCCCAAGGAGCUGGAACAUAUUGGUAUCUACCUCCAGAGUGCUUUGAAUUAAGCAAGACACCUUUCAUAUCGUCAAAGGUUGAUGUAUGGUCUACUGGUAUCUUGCUGUAUCAAAUGCUAUUUGGAAGGCGCCCUUUUGGGCACGACCAGUCACAAGAACGAAUUUUACGUGAAGAUACUAUAAUUAAGGCACGAAAGGUAGAAUUUCCUUCAAGACCAUCCGUGUCUGCUGAAGCAAAGGACUUCAUUCGCCGUUGCUUGACAUAUAAUCAAGCUGAAAGGCCAGAUGUAUUGACUAUAGCUCAAGACCCAUACCUAAUUUUCCCAAAGAAGUAAUGAUCACACCUCAGACUGAGGAUUGGUUUGGCGGUAAAGUAAUAUCUAUCCAUGAUUUUUGGGUGAAUUUUGUAUAGCUGUAAAGGUUAUGUACGUAGUGUUUUGUUACUGCUUGGCUUAUGAGGCGGGUAUCAAGUGAUAACUUGUUGGUUCUCAUUUUUUGGAAAGUGUGAGACUGAGUCUUGAUGGUUCCAAAAUUUGCAAAAUGAACUAGCGUAGUUUUAUGGGAGGUUUCUGUAAUAAGUUUGAUGCAGAAAGCCCGGUAGAGCAUGUCAUGCAAAAGAAAUCUGUAAUUUUUUCUUCAUAAAUCAUAAAAGCCGCACACGAGUUGUGGAUUUGGUCAAUAUUUUUUAGCUUAUGUCGAUUCAUGUUAGCCCAAACUCUUUUGGGAUUGAAGUUGGAUGUUGUUGCUGG